UAAUGAAAUGGAAGUGGCUGCAAUUGCAGAGGAAUCGGUUCAGUUACAGCCAGUGAAAUUACCGGAGCCUGGGACAGGAAUCACCUGGAAGGUCACACUAGACUCAGCAGAGACGUAUCGGAUUGUAACAUUUAAUGAAGGGGAACCCCCUGACCAUGGGGCAGCCCCACAUUUUAUCAACAGAGUCACUUUCCACCCUGAGAAUCUCUCACUGCAGAUUGAUCCCGUUAAGAAGUCAGACAGUGGCCUCUAUACCUUGCUAAUUGACAUUGGAGGAGGCCGUGAAGACAUCACAAAGUUCCGUGUCUCUGUGUUUGAGCGAGUCCGGCAGCCAAACCUCACGGUGCUCUCUGCCCACGCGGAGCUCGGCCAGUGCAACGUCACCCUGUCCUGCUCCGUGCCUGGCGCUGACAGAGUCACCUACGACUGGUCCCGAGGCACGUCCCGGAUACCGUCUGACCGGGACCAUCAGCUCCCUGGGCACCAAUCCCUGCUGCACGUAGUGAUUAAUGCAGACAGCAGUGACGUCUUCUACCGAUGUAACGCCAGUAACCGAGCCAGCUGGGACGCAGACACUGUAGAUGUCAAAUCAUUGUGCGACUCCCCAGCCACAGGUUUCGCGAGCAGCCCAGCGAGCUAUUGCCAGGUGAAGGGGAUUCUCCUGCUGGUGGUGCUGGGAGCCCUGGUCACAGCCAUCGUCAUGGUGCACGUCCUCACCCGGGACAAAGAGAGGCUGGAUUGAGCCGAAGGGCCAGUGCAAGGAGCUUUCCUGGCUGCGUGGGGCGACGUCUGCAUCUGCAACGGGGUCUUUUCACUCCCCUACUGCGAACGGGAACCGCAGCAGCAUAGCUGUCGAUGGGCCUGGGUUUGGACCCUUCUCUGCUCCUUUGCCCUGCCGUGCUGGGACUCAGAUGGGGAGGGUAUCACAGUCCAACCACACACAAGACAGAGGAGCUGCACACACAGCUUUGUCAUUGUGUAUUUUGACAUGCCAGGCUGACACUGUAAAUAGCCCUCAAUCACAUUCUAAUAUCUUCUGAAGCAGCAUUUUUCUUACCUGGCCUAGCUG